CUCUGACUGGACUAUAUGUGUUGUAGGCAUCUGACCCUUCACCCCCAAGCCCCGCCCCUCUGGGCUCCCAGGUCCACGCAGCCGCCGUCAACGGAGACCGGAGCGUCCUCCUCAGACUCAUCACAGUGGAUCCCUCCCUGCGUGACCGUGAGGACCAGUUUGGGCGUACCCCACUGAUGUACUGUGUCCUGGCUGACCGUCUGGACUGUGCUGAGACACUGCUGAAGGCCGGAGCCUCUGUUAACAAGACUGACCAUAGCCAACGUACUGCGCUGCACCUGGCAGCACAGAAGGGGAACGUGCGGUUUCUGAAGCUGCUCCUGUCUCGUCGUGCUGAUUGGCUGCAGAAGGAUCUAGAGGAGGUAACACCCCUCCACCUGGCGACCCGCCACCCCUCCCCCAAACCCCUGGCCUUGCUGCUCAAACACAUAGGACCUGGAGAGGUGGACACACAGGACAAGAACAAGCAGACUGCGCUCCACUGGUCAGCGUUCUAUAACAGGCCAGAGCACGUCAGACUGCUCAUCAAACAUGACUCCAACAUUGGCAUCCCUGACAGCGAGGGCAAGAUCCCCCUACACUGGGCUGCUCACAGCCAGGAGCACACCGCUAUACACACCGUCCGCUGCAUACUGGAGGCGGCUCCUACCGAGUCUCUGUUGAACUGGCAGGACUAUGAGGGGCGCACGCCUUUGCACUUUGCUGUUGCCGAUGGCAACGAGGCAGUGGUGGAGGUGCUGACAUCGUAUGACGGCUGCAGUGUCACGGCGUACGACAACCUGUUCAGAACCCCGCUGCACUGGGCUGCACUGCUGGGACAUGCCAAGAUAGUGCACUUGUUGUUGGAGAGGAACACGUCAGGCACCAUCCCCUCAGACAGUCAUGGGGCCACACCUCUACACUAUGGAGCUCAGAGCAACUACGCCGAGACGGUGGGUGUGUUUCUGUCCCACCCCUCUGUGAAAGACGAGCCAGAUCUGGAGGGCCGCACAGCGUUCAUGUGGGCUGCUGGCAAAGGAAGCGAUGAUGUCAUACGCACCAUGCUGACACUCACGCCUCACAUCGACAUCAACAUGGCCGACAAGUACGGAGGCACUGCGCUGCACGCGGCCUCUCUGUCAGGUCAUGUGAGUACAGUGAGGUUGCUGUUGGAGAGAGGAGCCAUAGUGGACAGUCUAGACGUGAUGAAACACACGCCUCUGUUCAGAGCCUGUGAGAUGGGACACCGCCACAUCAUCCUCACACUUAUCAAAGGCUCUGCUCGUGUCCACCUGGUGGAUCUAGAUGGACACACUGCUCUGCACUGGGCGGCUCUGGGGGGGAACGCUGAAGUCUGCCAGUUGCUGAUGGAGAAUGGGAUCAGUCCUAACGUCCAAGACCAGGCAGGCAGGACUCCUCUCCAGUGUGCUGCUUAUGGAGGGUACAUCACCUGUAUGGCUGUACUACUAAUGGAGAACAACGCCGACCCUAAUAUACAGGACAAAGAGGGCAGGACAGCUCUCCACUGGUCCUGUCCUACCGUGUGUGUCUGCAGGGCAGGACAGCUCUCCACUGGUCCUGUCCUACCGUGUGUGUCUGCAGGGCAGAACAGCUCUCCACUGGUCCUGUCCUACCGUGUGUGUCUGCAGGGCAGGACAGCUCUCCACUGGUCCUGUCCUACCGUGUGUGUCUGCAGGGCAGGACAGCUCUCCACUGGUCCUGUCCUACCGUGUGUGUCUGCAGGGCAGGACAGCUCUCCACUGGUCCUGUCCUACCGUGUGUGUCUGCAGGGCAGGACAGCUCUCCACUGGUCCUGUUCUACCGUGUGUGUCUGCAGGGCAGGACAGCUCUCCACUGGUCCUGUUCUACCGUGUGUGUCUGCAGGGCAGGACAGCUCUCCACUGGUCCUGUCCUACCGUGUGUGUCUGCAGGGCAGGACAGCUCUCCACUGGUCCUGUAACAAUGGCUAUCUGGAUGCUGUGAAGCUGCUGCUGAACUCUAAUGCCUUCCCCAACCACAUGGAACACAACGAGGAGAGGUACACCCCCCUGGACUACGCCCUCCUAGGGGAACACAGUGAGGUGACUCAGUACAUGUUGGAGCAUGGAGCUCUGUCUAUAGCGGCCAUCCAGGACAUCGCUGCUGCUUCCAUCCAGGCGCUGUAUAAAGGAUACACGGUCCGCAAGGCCUUCACUGAGAGGAAACAACUACUGAUGAGACACGAACAGCUACGCAAGGACGCAGCCAAGAAACGCGAGGAGGAGCAGCGGAGGCGGGAGGCGGAGCAGCAAAUCUCAUUGGCCAGAACAGAGAAACAGAGGAUGUUAUUGGCCCGCGCUGAGCAGGAGCAGCUGUCAUUGGCUGAGACUAUGAAGGAACUGUCAGUGUAUGAGAGAGAGGCAGGGGGCGGGGCUAAUACAGCCUCCAAAGCAGAACAGACCAAUAGCAAAGAGGAGACACGGAAACAUAGAGCACAUAGAAGCAGACCCUCCAGGAGAGGGAAGGAGGCGCAGCCAGCCAAAGGCCCUGACCCCGUGGUGACCCCUCACCCCUCAGUGACCGCUGACCCCAUGCCCCCUGCGCAGGGGUCUAGGGUCAGGGAGCGUCUCUCUCCUGCAGGCUGCAGCCGACCCCCCAGUCCAAAACACAGACCCCCCACCACACCCAGGACCAAGAGACUCACCUCUGCAAACACACACACUCCUUCCAAAACACACACUCCCUCCAACACACACACUCCCUCCAACACACACACUCCUUCCAACACACACACUAACUCUAACACACACACUCCUUCCAACACACACACUAACUCUAACACACACACUCCUUCCAACACACACACUCCCUCCAACACACACACUCCUUCCAACACACACACUAACUCUAACACACACACUCCUUCCAACACACACACUCCUUCCAACACACACACUCCCUCCAACACACACACUCCUUCCAACACACACACUCCUUCCAACACACACACUCCCUCCAACACACACACUCCUUCCAACACACACACUCCCUCCAACACACACACUCCCUCCAACACACACACUCUUUCCAACACACACACUACCUCCAACACACAAACUCCUUCCCACACACACACUCCUUCCAACACACACACUACCUCCAACACACACACUCCCUCCAACACACACACUCCUUCCAACACACACACUACCUCCAACACACAAACUCCUUCCCACACACACACUCCAUCCAACACAAACAUGUCUACUCGCCCCACCAUGGAUCAAGAAGCCCCCAGCACCAGGGAACGCACCCCUAGAAGCAAGAGAGACACACACACCAACACACACAACCCCAGACACAGAACACGCCCUGCCACAGACCAUACCACCUCCUCCAGCAAGAACCACACUAAAGCCUCCACACAAUCACACCGCCCCAGCAGCAAGCCCAGGGAGCGGGACAGAGACCAGGCUGCCUGCACUAUCCAACGAGCCUGGAGGAGGUUCCAUGUGCGAGACAGAUUGAGGGCGGCUUUUGGUGCUGGGAAAAGAGUGGAGCCACCUGAGGUCGCCUCCCUCCUGAUCCAGCUGCUCUGGGAUAGGCCGGCUUUCCCUGGUCACACCCCUAUUAGGACCAAGCCUGAGGCCAGAGUUCCACCCACCAAGACAGCAGCCAAGAGCUCAGUGCUGCAAAGCAUCUAUGGAGGUUCUGUGGCCCGAAGGGGGCGCUCACUCGGGGGUUCUCAGUCUCAGAUACUACUGGACCUGUCACUACGCACACACAGCCAGCUGAGCAGUGUGGAGUGUGUGCACCUGUGUGAUGCAGUGGGGCAGGCCAGGCAGUACUCCUACCACCUCAGACCCCACAGCGCUGGACAGGGCCGGGGGAAACACUAACGACUACACACACACCCUGCAUGUGUCCUUCGUGGCUCAGUUGGUAGAGCAUGGCGCUUCUAAUGCUAGGGUACUGGGUUUGAUUCCCAGGACCAGCCAUAUGUAAAAUGUAUGCACGUGACUGAGUUGCCUUGGAUAUAAGCAUCUGCUAAAUGGCAUACACACAUAUAAUAUAUAUGUGUGUGUUGUCUUGAAAUGACUUACCCAACUGCCUUAUCAUGGUGGAGUUAUUGGCCAGAUUGUAAACAGAGCAUAUAUAUACUGACAAGAGGGGGGCCCCAAUGGUGUAACUAUAGGAAUAUGUUUCUGCAGAGGUGGGAACUCUUAAGCCAAUGAGGGCAGGUUUGCAUGUGAACAAUGCUGAUAUAACUGACUUCUCAGAGAUGCCAUGUGUGUCCACGUAUCAGUACAGAUGUAAUAACCUAAAUAUUACAAAAUGUAUAUUAGGUCAAAUAAGACUCACUCAUCAAUUUGACACUCAUUGACCACCAUAAAAAAAAUCCCCACUUGGUUUGUGUCAUGCUGUAUUUUCAGGCAGAGUAAUAAUCCCUAUUCCUCUCAGAUUGUACUCUCUGCCCAGUAUUAACCAUGGAGGAGUUCUUGUCCUGAUAGUUUAUACUCUCACAGGAAGACAGGACAAAGUUAUGAGACGUCACAGUCAUGACCUCACAAGGCGGAGUUAAGUCAACCAACAUGGUAUGUGUGCAAGAUCAUUUCAACCAUACAGAAAAUGAACACACACACACAGAUAACCUUUCCUCCCAUGUGGAGAAUGAAGCAGUCUGUCAACAGCCGGUCAUACAGCCAGCCCACCUGCAGACGCUGACACACACGCCUGCUUGCAAACACACACUCUUCCCAUCAGCCAUAACACUUGUACUAGGUUGUAGUCAACUCUACCUCAGUAUCUACCUGAGCAGGUUCCCACAGGCAUGCAUGCCCCUCCCACUUUCCCCCCUCAGCCAUAACAGUAGGUACACAGAUGUACACAAGGUCAUUUAGGUCCAGAGGGUACACGUGUACCUGUGCUUUCUCUGUGGGACUCUGUGGAGGGGGGUAUAUUUAUGCAUUUCAUACACACUCUGUUACUCUUUAAUUGUAUAUUAUACAUCACUUCCUGCCUUAAAGAGAUAGUUGACUUAAAAAGUUAGCUAGAUGUUUGUGGCACCUCCUCAAUGGGAACUGUCACGUUAAAGAUAUAAACAGUGUUUCAGUGUGGAUGCUGUUCACUCUGAUGCACUACUGGUGAAACACUAUCAGAUGUCAAGGCUUUACAUUUAUGAAUGAAAACCAACCUCAAUGUUAAUGUCCAUGUUGUUUUUCUACUCUUUUAGAAAACUUCUCAAAUAAAUACAUUGACAAGUU